AUGGGUGCUUACAGGGCUGAUGAUGACUAUGAUUAUCUAUACAAGGUAGUUUUAAUAGGUGAUUCUGGUGUUGGAAAAUCCAAUCUUUUAUCAAGAUUUACAAGAAAUGAAUUCAGUUUGGAAUCCAAAUCCACCAUUGGUGUUGAAUUUGCCACUCGUAGUAUCCAUGUUGAUGAUAAAGUUGUCAAGGCUCAGAUUUGGGACACUGCUGGACAAGAAAGAUACCGUGCAAUUACCAGUGCAUACUAUCGAGGAGCCGUUGGUGCCUUGCUUGUCUACGAUGUUACUCGACAUGUCACAUUUGAGAAUGUGGAGAGAUGGCUAAAGGAGCUUCGUGAUCAUACUGAUUCCAACAUUGUGAUUAUGCUUGUGGGAAACAAGGCAGAUUUGCGUCAUUUGCGUGCAGUUACAACUGAGGAUGCCACUGCAUUUGCCGAGAGAGAGAAUACUUUUUUCAUGGAGACCUCUGCUCUAGAGUCCUUGAAUGUUGAAAACGCAUUCACUGAAGUGCUCACUCAGAUUUAUCAUGUAGUCAGCCGGAAGGCUCUUGAUGUUGGGGAUGACCCUGCAGCCUUGCCAAAGGGACAGACUAUUAAUGUUGGCAAAGAUGAUGUAUCAGCUGUGAAAAAGGUUGGAUGCUGCUCCGCAUAG